AUGGUUUGUGAUUUAAUUGAGAAUCGUGGAGCCGACAUCCACGAAGACGACAGCCACGGUCGCCUUCCAAUCCACGUUGCCGCGGUCUACGGUCGACCGGCGGUUCUGUCCUACCUCAUUGAGGUCUACUCCCACCAUCUACGACACUCCUCCAUCCCCAAGCUUUUCCUGGAUGCCAUUGCUGAACUCAACGAGUCCGAUGAGGAGAGGGCAUCCCUGGCCCACGAGGCACCCCCCACGGCCAGCGACGAUCCCUCGAGACUGGCCAAGAUCGCUGCCGCUGCAAAUUACCUCGACCUCCUCCAUCGCACACCCCUUCACUGCGCCAGUUCCGAGGAAGCAGUCAACGACUAUCCUCAGUGCAUUGCCAUUCUUCUGGAAGAUGGAGGCGACCCUAUGCUCCGAACACCUCAAGGAAAAACUGCGUUAGAUCUGGCGUAUGAGGCAGGACGGGCAAAAGUCCUGAUCGACAUCAUGCCGACUGAGGUGAUGGUGGAGCUACUCAUGCGCAUCAACGAUGUCGUUCCAAGAAGUGUGCGUCAGAAACACACCGAAGAGACGGCCUCCAGCCAACCACGCGUCUCUCCAGCUACUUCACUACAUCAGGUCUCCCAACGGCAUAGUCUGAAUGUUCCGCGCAACUCGUUGAUUCGUCGUCUGGCAGGUCCGGAAGCCAAGGAGGAAACCGUCAACAAUGUGUCAAUUUGGCGAAAAAUUCUCCUCAACGACGACGUGGAACUCCUCGAGUCCUGGCGCGAUUCUCUGUUCUGGUGCCAAGACGACCCGUGCUACGUGAAAAAGCGCAAAGAGAUCCGUGGCAAGGCGUUGCACAGAAGCCUACGCCUCAGCAAACGCUCUCCGAUGGACUUCGAGACCUCGCAAGGUCUCACGUCAGGCCAGCGAGCCGAACUGUUCUUCGACUGCUACGAAAACGGCGCAGGUGUCUACUCCUACGUUCAGUCAAACUUUGCCAUGAACAUCAAGGCGCACGACUUUCUGACGGUGCUGAGAUCCCUCACGGGCUUGGUGCUGUUCGAACAGUUGACGGUGGAUGGCGUCAUUGUCCUCUCACCCCUGCACACGUCUAUUCUCUUCCUCGCCCUCAUCUGUGGACGCUUUAGGGUAGCGGAGCUACUCCUGCGGAUGCGCCAGUUCGAUCUCAUUCCUGCCUGUGUUCUCGUAGUGCUCAUUCUCCACCGACUCUACCAGGAACCCACCUUUCCCGAACAGGUUCGAUGUGAGCUGCAGCAAAUCGCCAGCCUGGUAGAGGCGAUUGCCGUCGACGUGUUGACCCUCGUCUCCCUGAAGGACAACACCCCAGAGAAGGAGAUUUGCCGUGGCAUCCUCAAUGCCCCACUCCGCAUAUGCGGAGACCUCUCGCUCAUCGAUUUGUGCGCUCAGGCCAAAUGCACUAACCUCCUGAGCCUUCCCAUCUGUCAGCGAGUGUUGGACGAGCGCUGGCGUGGGGUGCUCACGCACCUACCCAACUGGAUCGGCUUCGUGUCGCGCUUCUUCCCCUUCGUCGCCAUCAGCUUCCUCGAGCACCGCGCGCGAAAGGAGCGCGCUAAAGCCCUAGCCGACUUCAUAGCUGAGGCCGCUAGCCACGCGGGCGGAACGAAGGAUCCAGUUGUUGAGCAAAACAUCUUCUCGCCUUUCUCGAAGGAGUUGGAGGACUGGAAAAGCGGCUCCGCCAACUCCCCGCAGAAACGACGCCGCGGGCUAGACAUCAGUGGCCUGAGGAUCAAGGAACGCUCCUCGUCCGUCCUUCCACCAAACCGAUGCUCCAAGGCCUCGGGGCCGAUUCCCUUCACGAUCUACGACAGGCUCUCGCGGCAGUACGGGUGGCGGGGAUCACCCCGGCUGUCCUUUUUGCGGGCCAUUUACGCCUCCCCCGAAGUCAAGUUCUUCUUCCAUUCCAUAUUCCACGUGGUGUUCCUAGUGACCUUCACGUUGGUCCUCGUGAACUCGCUGCACUUCCAAAUCCACCUGACGGAGUGCUGUGCAAUUGCCUAUGUCAUCGGCUACGCGGUCGAGGAAAUACGACAAAUAAUCAUUGAAUGCCUUCGAGGCCAGUUCAGCAAUUACCUGAAGGACAGUUGGAACACUCUGGAGCUCUUCGCAAUCGGCUUCACCCUCGUCGGAUUCUGGACCCGGGUGGGCAAGAUCAAACAGUGGGCCCCACCUGAAACCGAGGCCUACGAUGUGACCUUCUACAUCGCGCGCGUCUGCUACCUCUUCGGUCUCCAUCUAUUCUGCAUGCGGACGCUCUUCAUCACCUCGAUUUCACCCAUCAUCGGUCCGCGGUUGAAAAUGAUGGCGGAUAUGCUGAGGAAAGACCUAGUGCCGCUCAUCAUUGUGUUUGCCAUUUUUAUUUUCUCCUAUGGGGUCUCGUUCCAGGGCCUGAUGUACCCAAAUUCCUACAUGCGACAGGAAUUCCCGAAUGGAACUCUUAUCUACGAAAAGAUGCCCUUCCUUCAGGCACUGGAAAGACUCAUAUCGCGUGCCUUCUAUUCGAUAUUCGAGGUGAGCGUUGCUCUAGAGGAGGCAGAAUGCAGCCCGGACGAGAAAUGUGGCAAUCAGUUUGGCAACAAGUUGGUCAUCCUCUUCGUACUGAUCGCCUACACCAUCAUCGUGAACCUCAUCUUAAUAAACCUCCUCAUCGCUCUGUUCAGUAACACAGUCUCGCGAAUAGGCAUGCAGUCCACCGCUCAUUGGUUGGCCGACCGCUACCAGAUGGUGAAGGAGUACCAGGACAAGUCGACACUGCCACCGCCUCUGAACCUCUUUUCGAUUCUAAUCGAGUUGAUGUGCUGCCUUGCUAGGCUCUGCCACUGCUGCCGUCGUGGUGGCAGGCGGAAUUACCGGAAUUCCUCCGACAGUCGAGGCACCGAGUGUCUAGACGACGUGGAGAGUCAGCACAAUGCCAGCAACAACAUCUCGGCGGGGGUGGAUAGGGAGGAGUUCGAGAUUUACCGGAAGGUGGCUAAGCGAAAGUGGAAUAAGAAGUUGAGGAAUUCCCGCCGUGUGCAGCACCUCACCCACAACCUCCGAACAGCGCCUUGGGGCUAUAGAACCGAGACAGAGGCGGUGCUCCAGUUCAUCCUGGUGCAGAGUUUCGCUCUGAAGGGCCGACGCUACACUCUGGGGAUCACAAACACGAGUCUGGUGUCUGGAGCUACCAACAUAGCUAUCGCCACCGGCACCAUCGAGCACAGGCUUCAGGCAUUGGAGAAGCGACUGGAUGAGUGGUUACCAAGGCUGAUGGAUGAGUUGAAGGCUCUGCGGGAGGCACAGCGGUACCCCUUGAGUCCCCCCGACUACCAGCAGUCGCAGAUAAUGGACACUGGCGAGAGCUCGGAGCGAGUGCAGCUAAAUCCGGACAGCCUGCAACCCUCGAUACUGGUAGACGGCUCCUCACGAAACCCAGGCACUCCCCUUAGAGUAACUCCUACUUAUGACCUCAUGUACAGACGACCCGUGUCGAACCUAUGA